AUGGCUAUACAUGUGGCGUGCAUCGUGGUUAUUGAGCUAUGCUGGAGCGUGGGCUUGAACACGCUGGUGAGCACGAUGAAGUCGUGGCUUCAGGACCAAGGCUUCACGAACGCCGAUAGCAGCUCAGUGCACCAGAUCUUCACACUCCUCUCCUUCGCCUUCUGCUUCCUGGGCGGCAUUCUUGCCGAGACCUUCAUCGGCCGCUACACGACCAUCCUGGUCUUCUCUGCCAUCUACGCGGCCGGCUGCGCGCUCACGGCCUUCGCGGCCACGCCCGCCAUGGAGAGCAUCCCGCUCUUCAUGGUCGGCAUCCUGGUGCUCACGGCGCCGGGCACUGGUGGGGUAAAGCCCAACAUCGGCACCUUUGGCGCAGACCAGUUUGAUCCCCGAAUUCCCGAGUCGGUGAGGCGGAAGGAGGCCUUCUUCAUGUACCUGUACGUCACCAUGAGCGUGGGCGCCGUCGUGGCCUUCGGGUGCCUGUCAAACGUGGCCACGGCGGGCUUGCCGCCGCGCAUCCCCAAGGAAGAUGGCUUCUUCGUCGCCUACAUGAUCAUGGCCGCUCUUAUGGCCGUCGCUCUGCUUGUGUUCAUCGUGGGCACGCCCUUUUACCGCAAGGAAAGCUUUGAGAAAAACACAGAGCCAGUGCUGAUGCCGGCAGUGCGGCGCCUGCUGGGCGGCCGGCGCAACCCCUUGGGCAAGGUGGCGUUGUUGGGCUGGGUGCUGCUGCCCACGCUCAUCGUCCUGUCCGUGCUGCAGGUCUUUUAUGCCUCGCGCUCCCUGACGAUCGUGAGCCUGUUGGCCGACUUGCUCUGCAUCGGCUGCCUCUGCGUGGCGCACCGGAACAACUCCUGGCUAGGGGAGCCUGACAGUGUGACGCGAUGCUUGGAUGCGGUGCCGAAGAUCAUCGUGGGAAACGUCACCUUCAACGUGCUCUACAACACCAUGUUCAGCCUCUUCUACUCCCAGGCCUGUCAGAUGGAUACGCGCCUGGGAGGAGGUGACAUGCAGCUCAGCGGGGCCUUCUUCAACCUGGGCGACGCCUUCGCGGUGAUCAUCUUCACGCCCUUGCUGGAGCGACUGGUUGUCCCUGCUGCGGAGAAGCUUCUCAAGAGGAAGGUGAGCAGCAACAUGAAGGUCUUGACAGGCAUCGCCAUUGCCAUCGCCUCGCAGCUUACAGCUGCCGGCCUGGAGUACGCGCGCCGCACGGCGGAGGUGUUGCCCAUCCCUUCGAAUUGUGCUCCCUUGGAUGCCGACGGUCAGCAUGUGAGGAUGAGCGCUUUGAGCGGAUUUUGGAUGGUUCUGCCUUAUGCCAUGGUGGGCAUAGGCGAAGUCUUGGUAAACCCGGUGCUCUGGCACGUGGCCUACACCGCGGAGCCCUCCAUGAAGUCCUUGAUGCAAGCGUUCUGCCAGUUUGCCAUGGGUGGCCUUCCAAACGCGAUCUCAGCAGCCUUGACCCAAGCAACGAAGAGCUGGACGCCGAACGACCUGAACGAGGGGAACCUGCCCAUGGUCUACUUUGUGAACGUCAUCUUUUGUCUGGCAGGCUGCUCUGUCUACGUCUUCUUCACCCGAGGUGCCGAGUCGAAAGAUGGCCUGGAGUGGGAGGUCGCCACCGAUUCUGCCAGCGACACUUCGGAAAGCCUCAGUGAGGCCUAG